GCUUUGUUGUUAAAUAAAACACGGUUUUUGAAGUCAGAUGCGUAGUAAUCUAAUCACAAUGGCCGAAUGCCUGAGUGAUUAAUUACGACUCAUCUGAACGAAAAAAAAAAGGUGUUUUGUUUGCCAACAAAGCACGCAAAACUAAAAUCUAUUUCCAUUCUAACACGUUCGAAUUACACCAGCAAGGGAUGUACAAUCUGGAAUCCUAUUUUAGGCGUAAAUGGACGGAGUAAACGAAUAGCCAAAAGUAGGUCAUUUUGCGAAACUAGUUUAAAUCGAGAAGACAAUACACGGGACUUUAACUUCCGCGUGGUGAUAUAUGAAAAAAAUAUAGAUCUAAGUACCUGAAACUAAUUAGAUACUGGCUGAAUGGAUAAUAGUGGAAUUUAAUGGAGUAUCCUGAUAUAGAUAUCAAUUAUUCAGCGAUUAACUACAUCAUCGCAAGUGAAGAAUAAAAGAUUGAUUGAGUGAAGGUAUGGGUUUAUCAAAGGAAGAGACAAUAGCAGUGAUAGCCGGCUCUAUAGCUGGGCUGAUCGUUCUCCUGUCCGUCCUGGCUGUACUCGUUUACUGUUGUUUAAGGCGUCGACAAAGGGAGUCUCGCAAAUCUACUCAAAAACCAUUUCGUCAUCACCAUCUCACCCCAGACACAAGUCUUAGUAAAAAUAGCGGUCCACCACUACAUGGCGACCAACGUAAUUUUUCGGACCCAAGACUUGAUCCUAGACUGGAUCCUAGAUUAGACCCACGUCUUCCAAAAGUUGGCAGCAAUAAUUUAUGGUUCGGGAGCCCGUCACUGUAUAGUGGAGCGCCAUCUCAAGUUUAUAAGGACAUGAAAAGAAAGGGAAGUAAUGCUCUACCUCAGGAACACCAAGGUUUACAAGGACCACCAGGUCACAUGGUAUACCAGGGACCAAAUGUAGGCGGCCGUAUAUACCAUAGCCAGCAAGUAGUUCCGGCAGUCUAUGAAUCUGAUUACCGUCUUCCGCGAAGUGGCAGCUACAUGGAUCUAUACUCAUACCCGUAUAAUUAUGAUCCUUACAGAGAUAUAAACAACUCUCGUGCCAUGUUGAUGACUCAUCCUGAAAGUGAGGAAUAUUACCUCGACAGAUAUAGAGAACGUGAGGUGAGGCGCACGGGUAAAAAAGUACGGCGCUCUCAAAGUGACGUCACACUUCAUUCCACGCGUAGACCUAAAAAUAGAAAACAGCGCAAAGAAGCGCCGUUUGACAAGGAAAAAUCAUCUAAUUCACGUGACAGUGAAGACAGAAGCAGCAAUGACAGGUACGAACAAAAACCGCGAAGAAGCCAAAGCAAUGAUAGAGAACUAUCUGGAGAAAGAACUAUAGUAGCCGAUGUGCACAGGCAAAAGAAGCCUGCACCUCCCCCGCCUAAACCAAAACCCCAUAGAGAAGAAAUACAAUCAAAAUCUAUGGACUUCUCUGAUGCAGAAAUUUCAGAAUCCGCAACUGAUAGUGCUAAACUUAGAGCUUUAGAAAGAGAAAGAGAACGCAACAGGGAAGCGGAGUUAGCUGAACAAAGGAAAAAUAAGGAAAAUAUUCGUCAUAGUGAAUAUGAUGGUGAUAAUCGUGGAUUUAUUGACGAUAAUGGAAAUGCAAAUGAGCUUAAUGUUAGACCAUACAGCUACGAAGGAAAACCUUCAAAGUAUGAAAGUUCAAUUGUAGCUAAAAUGGCUGCAAUGACUGAAACACCAAAAGCUACAUAUAUUAAUAGACAAAGCAUUAUUGAUGAUUCAAGCAAAACAAGGGAAAAUCCACCGUCAAAGGAAGCUUUCCAUGCCCAAGUUGCAAAGAAAUUGGAAAAACUUCAGGAUAGGACGGUUCCUCCACUUGACUUAACAGAGGGUCCAGUUGCUACAUCCACGGGGAACCACUCUAGAGCCAGUCGCCCUACUAGUGGUAAACGUCGGUCUCGUAGGGGAUCAAAUGUAACAGACCAAGACGGUAAUGUUAUAACGGAACAAGCAUUUGAAUUCCUAGACGGGUACUCUGACGGCGAGGGUACAGACUUUAUUGAUAGCGGCAGUAUUACACCAACGCCUGUCAAAGACUAUGACAUUAACCUAUAGUGAAGGCAAAAUCAAAUUGCACUGUGCUAGAAUAGAAAAAUAGCAAUUGGAUGGAUUUAACGAGGUAAUGGCACACGUCUCAAUAUGUUGCAACGGUCGUAUUGACUAUGUGGAGUCAGCGUAAUAACAUCACGUGGUUGCCACCGGCGGCAGAAGAAGUGUCAUCUGUCUGCAUGCUCUGAUACAAAAAUGAAAAAGUCAAUACUUCAUCAGAGAGAUUUGAAAGCCUGUGAAUUUGAAAGGUUUUCAGGAUCGAAUGUGAGAUAUUAAUGAUAAUGUGGAUGUGUUGACGAUAUAUUAAACUAUCAGUAUUUGUUAUUUAUACUAGACGAAAAUUUGGGAAUUAUGCAUAGCUUUAGUGUCAGUUCAGUCUGUGAUAUUUAGAAAUAUCAAAAUAACAUUGAAACCUGAUUCAUGUGCAUUUACAUUUUAUUGUGCCUUCAUAUUGCCAAUUUAUUAUGUUAUUUGAUGAUAUUUAUUAACAUUUACGUCACUAACAUUCACACUUGUCACUAGACAGAUCUGAGCACGUGUCGCACUCUCUUCUUCCAACAUCUAAAUGUUACUAAUCUCAACCAACUUAAGUGUUAUUAACACUUUAUGCACUGUCAGUGUGUGUGUACGUUAGGAGCCCUAUAAAUGGCAUGGUCGAAGGGUUAUUAUUUCGUUUUAACGUAAUAGAAUUUCUUCAUCCCGAAAUCUUAUUUCGUUAUAACUUAUAACGGAAUCUUAUUGAAAUCGUUUGUUAUAACAAAAUGAUUUUUUUUGGCAUAUCGCAAUAUUAAUUCGUUGUAACAAAAUCCGAAUUCUUAACAGGGGUCACAUUUUUACAUAGAGCUAUAUGAUGAAGGCUUGAACACGUGAAACUAGAGGAUUUGCUAGUAGGCUUAUCAAGAUAACUGAGAAGGUAGACCUACAGUAAUCGCAUUUUUGUCUAUACGUAAGUUGGCUUGUUAGAAAAGGGAUUUAUUCUUCCGUGUCGGAUCUUCAUAAAGAGAUUUAAAUGCAACUCUGCAUGAAGAGAAUGUGCGUCAGAUAAGGACAGGUUAGGGUUACCACUUGGGUAUAACUGUCAUGCAUAAUAUGAAGUGUCGCGCGAGAGCCGUACUUCCAUGGUCAAAAGGUUAGGGUUUAUUUGGAUGCAACACAAACAUUUUUAACAGUAUAGUAUGUACUACGUUUUUUAAAACACUGUUUCGGGCUAUUUGUCACUUUUGUUUAACAAAGUGACCACUUGACGAUAGCCAACAAUGUUACUAGUAGGGACUGUAUUUAAACUAAAGAGCUGCUGCCUGUGAUAUUGAUAUUUGAAGUAGGACUUUUACCCGUGACUUUCUCAUCAUGUUUAACACUUGUCUAAAGAUUAAUAGGAAGUGCUUGAAUCAUUUGAAAUGUAUAGCUGAGACACGAGGUGUUACCUUUAAUCCAGUUGCCAUGAUCUUGGCCUUGGAUGCACGGACUUGAUUCCUGAGCUUGAUAUAUCACAUCCUGCAUAACAAUGCUGAGUUUCAUUUGGAAUCCCUUGGACCGUGCUGACAUUAUACCGGAGACCAGAAGUAUUUAGAACGGAAGAACAAUGCGAUUACAAUUAUGCCCUACUUCGGUGUCAUUUAAAUAGACCCCACCUUGAAAAGAAAACACUUUUGAAUACUAGUCAAAUUUGGUACAGAGACGUGGCUGGAACAAACUUGGUAGAGUACCACUACCCACUAAUUAUUUUUUUUUAAAGAAAGCUCAACUUUGGAUUUCUAGAAAAUAGUUUAAUAAAAUAUGCCCAAUUCCGAACAGAAUAGGAUUUAGUUAUAACGAAUUCAUAUUUCGUUAUUACGAAAUGAAAGAAAAUAUCGUGUAUGUCACACAGAUGACUCUGUAUACGUUUGCUCUCCGAUGUUUUCUUUUUUUAAAAUGAUAUUAAUAUAUUGGGCGUUUGUUUUUGCUAAUUUACAACGGGUUUCAUUUUUGUUGGUUUCUUACUGAUCUUUUGUAUAUUAUAAGUUUCGUGUUUGCAAUUUUGCACUGUAUGCACUUUACAUUACCAAAUUUAUUCAAGUAUUCUAUUAAACAUACGAUUUACUAAGGAGAUUUUGAUGCAAUACUACAUUUGCAAUCUUUUUAUAUAUAAACUAUACCUAAAAUGCAUGUGUUUUUGUAUACAGCAAAAUUAUGAUUAUUUGAUAAUUACAGAAUUAUAAUAAAACAAUAAUUAAAAUAGUUA